GCCGGGAAGGCGGGUGCCCGCGCGGAGGACGCAGAAGAGGUGAGGUCACGUCUCCCGUGAGCCUCGCUCCCUGGCUUUUCAGAGGCUCGCCAGGAGCCGGCGGCCAGAACCCUGGACCACGCCGACCAGUGCUGCUCUGCCCGCCCCGCCGCCGCCCCGCUCAUGUCUCAGUACGCGUCCAAAUCGGACUUCAAGGCGGCCCUGGACAGCAGUCCCGAGGCCAACACCGAGGAUGAACAGACGAAGGAGGACGAAGGAGGGCCCAUGCCCAAGAACUACCUGUGGCUCACCAUCGUCUCGUGCUUUUGCCCCGCAUACCCCAUCAACAUCGUGGCUUUCGUCUUCUCCAUCAUGUCUCUGAACAGCUACAACAAUGGAGACGUGGAAGGCUCCAGGCGGCUUGGGAGGAAUGCCAAGUGGGUGGCCAUCGCCUCCAUCAUUAUCGGCCUUCUCAUCAUCGGUAUUUCUUGUGCGGUUCACUUCGCAUGGAAAUCCUGAGCGGCAGGCAGCCGCCCCUCGCAUGGAGGUUGGACCUCAUCCACACACACCCCAGCGGAGUUUCUGAGGAAUGGAUCCUGCCUUCCGACUGUGAGAUCUUUUCCUCCAGGACUCUCCAGAGGCAGGUCCCUGGCAAAUGAACUUUUAAAGUCCAAAGUGUAGGAAAACCAAGCAGCACAGCCAGAUCCGCCAGCCAUUGGUUUUUAUUUUAUUUUUUUAAUCAAGUCUCACUGUUUCAGUUUAGCAAAAGCCAUUGUGUCCAUUCCUCUUCUCCAGAGAUGAGCCUCAGGAAAUACCAUUGCUUUGUGGGAGGGUGGAGGGAAUGAGCAAUGGCUGUUAUUUGCAAUGUCAAGUACAAACAUUUGCAGCAUGUUUACCGUUGUCUCACAGAGCCGAGUGUGUGCAUUUUUCCCUUUUAUUUUUACAUGUAGCUUCGCUUCAAUCUUCAGUAGCUCCUCCCUCAUCAGAGACACAAACACAGGAGCCUUUGGCCUUCGGUCUGGGCCCAGUUUUCCUAAAGGCCCCUUCCUUGCUCGCAUCCACCGCUGUCAACUUGACCUGGACCUCACUCUCCACUCCAACAGAUGAGAACGUACAAUAAUAGAUACACGAGCACCUUCCCCAUUCCAGUCUUGGGAAUAAACUGGCUAUGUUUAUGGAAUGUGCUUUUUUUCCAAACUCUCUGUUUUUGUUUGUUUGUUUGUUUGUUUUGUGAGUGGAGUGUUUGUUUUUUGCAAGUCUCAGGCAAGAUCUUUGAUUUUCCUGGAUGCCACCUGGAAAUGCCACCCAUUGUAUUUCUUUUCUGUCAAAUGUAAGCCCUUUAGGUGUGAUUGUACCCAUUUGAUGGCGCCAUUGUUCCACCUGCCAGAACACGCUAGCCCCAUGUUCCGCAGAGUGCGAGGCAUACCACUGGCGGUCCACACUUUCUAAGUCGUUUAUAGACGCAACAGUAAAUGCCGCCGAAUCACAGAGAGCAUUUCCCCUUUCUAUCCUUUUUCAGUCUCUGUUUCCGGCUCAUGGGUCCUUACCACCUUUCUGAAACGUUGGCUCCUUUCCUGUCUCAGGAAAGAAAGAGCAGGUCUCAGGUUCAAAGUCUUCUGUCAAGACAGAACUUAAUACUUGAUGUUGUGGACACUGUGUUUAUUAACUAUCUUACAUGUACGCCUUCCUCUUAGGGAUUUGAUAUAUCAUUUCUGUUCAAAUAAAUUUACUUGAAAAAUGAGUGGACUCAGCAAAUAUCUAGUGAUUAACACAACAGGUGACAUGUACCAUAUGGCAAAAAUGAGUUCAAGAACUAAUAUUGGAGACACAGUGAUAAUAAACUUUCUUUCCUAAGAGAAAAGGCAGCUUACUCUGAGUGAACAUGAGGCUGAGUCAGAACACAUGGGUUCCAUGUGUGUCCCUGGCUGACUAUGCAAACUGAUUUUAGGCAAGUCUCUCCGCCUCUCCGUGAAAUUUCCUCUCCUGGAGAAACGGGAGAACACCUGCCUACGCUCCUCAGUGUUCUUAUGAGAAUGAAUUGGCAUAACAGGCGAAUGCCCCGGAGAGAAAUUCUAAGUGUAGUUCCUAGAUUAUUGUGACUCUCAGGCAUCGUUGAAAUCCCGGAUCCCCGCAAAAGGUAGGCUUUGACGGGCAUUGGGUCCCGCCUGUCACUGUCCCAGGAGGACGCUGAAUCAGGGUCACGAAGCCUCAGCACACGGAGAUCCGUGCGCCAGUCCAGGAGAUUGGAUCCUCACUUCCGUUUCUGACAUCGUGGUUUUUGUUGGUUCGUGUUUGGCUCCCUGAUCUUUUACCCAAAUCAAAUGCAAGGUGUUGCUGAGAGGCAGAAUAAAAAUUUUUUUAAGUAAGCCUGUUUA